AUGAAGGAAACAUUCCCUCACUACACCACCAACUCACCAACACCGCUCACCGUGGAUAUCAUAAUGUCUUCCCGCAGAAGGACUCUUGAGACGCGGACCACCCGUCCUACGUCGACCCCCAUGCGCUCGCACUCCUGGGCUAUCAGUAGUCCUGGUUCCUCGCUGCACUUUAAAAAAACCUCUUCUGUGCCUGUAUCCAGGUCUUACACCGCUGCGCUCGCGUCUCCGGAUGGGUUCGAGCUGAGCGCGGCACUGAACGGAGACCCCACGCGCUCUAACGAAAAAGAGCAACUCCAGGGGCUCAACGACCGCUUCGCCAGUUACAUCGACAAAGUGCGUUUCCUAGAGGAGCAAAACAAUCAGCUGGAAGCUGAAAUCCAAGCGCUCAAGCAGCAGAAGUUGACGCAGUCCCUGCACAGCGACGCGUACGACCGAGAGCUUGGAGACCUGCGCUGCGCCCUGGAGCAACUUCACAAGGAGAAGGUGCGCGUCCUGCUCGACACGGAGCACAUCGACGAGGAUCUCCACCGUCUCCGAGAGCGAUACGAGGAUGAAGCACGACUCAGGGAGAACGUGGAGGCUGCGAUCCGGGACUCGAAGAAGGACAAGGACGAUUCGAUUCUGAUGAAGUUGGAAUUGGAGAGAAAAGUCAAGGCCCUUGUGGAUGAAAUCGACUUCUUGCGGCAGAACCACGAGGAGGAGAUUAACGAGCUUCUGGCUCAGCUUCAAGCAGCACAGGUGCCGGUGGUGGAGACGAGGGACCUGCAGAAGACCGACAUCACCUCUGCGCUCCGGGAGAUCCGGGCGCAGCUGGACGGGCUGUCUUCCCAGAACCUCCAGCAGGCUGAAGAGGUGUUUAAGUGCCGCUACUCGAUGCUGACGAGUGCUGCUGAUCAGAACAAGGGUGCUAUAAAGUCUAUUCGGGAUGAGAUUGCCGAUUACCGCCGUCAGAUCCAAGGCAAGAACAUUGAGCUGGAGUCGCUUCGGGGUACCAAAGAGUCACUGGAGAGGCAACUGCACGAUAUUGAGGACAGCCACAACACUGACGUUGACAGUUACCAGGAGAUGAUGCACCAACUGGAAAACGACUUGAAAGCAACAAAGUGGGAAAUGGCUCGUCACCUCAGAGAAUAUCAAGAUCUGCUUAAUGUAAAAAUGGCACUGGAUGCUGAAAUAGCAGCUUACAGAAAACUGCUGGAGGGUGAGGAGACUCGCUUCCACACCAUCUCUGGAAGUAUCACAAGCCCUAGCUUUGCAUACAGUCAGCCCAAAACAUCAAAGGUCAAACAUAAAAUAGUGGAGGAGAUCAUCGAGGAGACCAAAGGAGAGAUUGACAUUGACGAUGACCUGGCUGAGGUGGCCAAGGAACUGGGAGAAGAAGCUGAUGAGGAAAAGGAGGAAGGAGAGGAGGAAGAGGCAGAGGAAGAAGAGGAGAUUGUUGCCGCCAAACAGGCCAAAGUGAGCUCUGCUGCUCCAGAGGGUGAGGAAGGAGGAGACGAGGAAGAAACAGCAGAGGAAGAGGGUGAAGCAGAGGAAGAGGAAGGAGAGGAAGCAGAGGAAGAGGGGGAGGAGGAAGAAGUGGAACCCAAAGUGGAAGUGAUUGACGAGACAGAACUGUGUGGUGACAAAACACCAACAUCAGACAAAGAAGAAAAAGAAGGAAGUGACAAAGACGAAGGAGAAGAACAGAAAGAGGAUGAAGAGGAGAAAGAGAUAGAGGAAAGUAAAGAAAAGGCCAAAGAUGAAGAGGAGAAGGAAGAAGCAGAUGAGAAAGACGAAGAAAAGGACGAUAAGAAGGAAGAGACCAAACCUAAAGGCGAUGAAGAGAAAAGCGAUUCUAAAGCAGAGGAAACCAAGUCAGAUUCUGAAAAGGAUGACGAUAAACCUGACACCGAGGAAGAGAAGAAAAUAUCUUCACCUGUAAGCGAAGAGAAAGAAAAAGAAGAAAAAACACAGCCGAAGGAAAAAGAAGAGGUUGUUUCCAACGGUGACCAGACCAGCCCAGCGAAAGACGAACCCAGCCCUAAAGAAGAGGUCUUGACCGGAACGGUGGACACCACCACCAAUGGUGAUAAAGAAACAGCCAAACCAGACGUAGAGAAAGAAGAAAAGGCCGAAGAAAAGCCACAGGACAAAAAGAAAGUGGAGAAAGAAACUUCACCAGCAAAGAAAGAAAUCAAAGGCAAAGACUGAUGCCAACGUACCUCAACUGAAAGUUAGUUUUAAAUCAAUUCUGUUCCAUGCAAAAUGUGAAAAACCAAUCCAAACACCAUUUGAUGCAGCUCGCAAAAAUAAUUGCAUGCGUGUUGAUCGACUUGCAUGUGUGACCCGGAAGGAAAUAGCCAUGCUAAACUGAAACUAUAGCGUGUUUGCAAGUGUAUUAUGCUGCUAAUGACUUUAUGUGAAAUGAUAUGAGGUCUGUUUAUGAAAGAUUUUACAGUGAUAUGCAUUCUAAAGCAGCUCGACAGUAAUGGUGCUACCACAACGCUGACACUCACAACCGAAAGCUGCUUUUUGAAGUUCUUUCAAACUUUAUGAUGUCUUUCUAGUAUACUUCAUGCCUUAAGACAUAAUGUACUGAAACAAGAAUUGUUCUGUUAAAACACAAGAACUGGUGAUACUGUGAAAGAUAAAGUUGCUGCU